UCGUGUCCUGUCCGCCCGUUGUAUUUCGUUAUAACAAUCCGCGAGUUCGUGUGCUGAAAUUGUGUCGUAAAUAAUUUAUGAAUACUUUUCGCGAAAACGUUUUUGAUUAAAAGAAAAGCGCAUUUGUGUUUCUGUGGUAGCUAUAGAAAUAUUAUCAAGGUUUUAAUUUUUGAAGAUGCUAUGGAGUGCAGCUGCAGCGGUGAGAUGACGAACUCGAACACAAUGGAAUUCAACACCUCGAACUGGAACGGUUAAAACUGUGACAUCAACAAGGACAGAUAGAUCGGGAUUACUAUGGAGAUGAACGGGACGGAAACACGUGGCGAGGAAGCUAUAUCGCUGGCGUUAAGCGUGGCCGUCACCGUCAUCUCCGCUAUUGGGUUGCUGUUAAACGCAUAUAUAUUAUUCAUCAUUGUUAUUACUAAACAGCCGGCGUCGGCAUCGUCCGUGCUUCUGGUGCACUUGGGCGCGGUGGGUGCGCUAGCGAGCGGCGCGGCACUGUGCUGGGGAGGUGGCGCGUGCGCGUGCGGCGCGCUGUUACAUGCACUGCACCCGCUGCAGCUGUGGACUGUAUGCGGCCUGCACGCCGACCGUGCCGCUGCCAUCGCCGCACCGCUGCACUACGCCGCCAUCGUAUCUGCGCGGAAGGUUUUAAUAUGUCUCGUUGGAGGAUGGAUGGCAACUGCAGCCCUCUUGGCACCGCUAGCAGCGGCGCAACCGCCGCUAACGUACAGUAUGGGCCUCGGAAUAUGCACCCCGGAUUGCGGCGCGGGACCUACGGCGCUGGGAUUCUGUAUACUCUACUCUUUUCUGACUCUGUUAUUACCCACCACACUUGUCCUGGUUUGUAGUUUGAAAAUACUACGUAUAGCCCGUUACCAUCGACAUAGAAUCGCAGCUGCUAUCUACGAAGUGACAUUGUCAGCUCAAGUUACAGUUACCCAUCAACGUAAUCCUUUCUCUCCCCCGCCACCGCCGCGAAGGCGAGCGUUGUCCGCGGUACUACAACCUCUUGCCUCUCUGGCAUUACUCUAUUUUCCCUACUACUGUAUUUUGAUCUGGCCGGCAGUUGCCAUACCACCGCAAUCGCUAGCUGCUCUAUCAGCUACUCUCCUAGCAGCUGCUCCUCCCGUCAAUGGCAUUUUAUAUGGUAUCCGCAGUAGGGCUUUAAGAGACUCACUUCGAAACUAUAGGAGAAAAAGGAUGACGAAAAGUGAGGUGACUCAGGAGAUCCAGGCUCGGACGCCCAGCGCGUGUGGUUCUAGACGACCAUCAUUGUCAGCGGGUUCUGGGUGCAUCCGACCACCGACAACGAGGCGGCUGUCCGAUGCUGCAGCGAUGGGGUCUCGAGGAUCGGAAAGACCGGCCCAGCGAGCCGCCUCUUGCAACGUGUUGCAAGAUUCACAGGAAGAAGAAUAUCGAAGGCCUAGAUCGUCGGCCAUACCUUUGAUCCGAGCGCCACCACACGUCGUAUUAGGCCGGGCCCUGGGGCUUGAAGAAGGGAUUAGCAGAGAUCGGCGCCGUCGUCAAUCGCCUCGUAUUACCGUCACUCGGGCUAUGUCAGAUGAGAGCGAAUCGCCCUCUCGUCGGCCGCUGUGUCGCCAGCAGUCACGCUCGAGUGGUGCUCUGCUGGGCACCAUGUCAUGUUCCCGGGCGCUCUCCGAGAACAUGCAACUCGACAAUCCAGCCGACGAACAGUAUCUGCUCUCUUGGCCUCAACGUGCUCAUGUCAAACACGAGAUUUUAUAAAACGGGUAUAUUUAAGUCAUGCUUUUGAAAAUUAUG